CGGUUUUGUGUUAUAUAUUUCUCCUAACGGAAAAAACAAAUAGCAGCAUAUUGGCUUUCGACAGCUGUACCGGUUGCACAGUGGGUUCUUGAUUAUGGUAUUUUCUUUUAAAGGUGGGUCGCUAAACGUUUUACCACUUGCAACUGAAAACAGUGCUCUGUAAUGACAAAUGUUAAAACGCCCCCGGGCAGGUGGGAAAACGGCAUUCCUUUACAGGUGGGUGCAAUUGGCAUGCUUGAAUUGGCGCUGCUGUCCCAUAAUGGCCGCUGCCAUGAUAUUAAGUCACCUGGGUGGCUGCUACACUUCGGGGGCGGACGAAGCGCGUCCCCUCCUGUGUAAGUCCUUUUAGGACGGACAUAGAUAACGAGGUGCGAGCGUCUCCCGCCCAGCUUUUUUUGUUGUUGUAGUUUCACAGUAAAGCCACGUUGGGGACAUUGGUUACUCCGGCAGAAGCCCUCAAGAGGCUCGUAGCAGCAGCAGCGGCGGCGACGUAACGUUUUUUUUUUGUGUACGGAACGGGGGAGCGGUUGCCGUUGGUAACGCCUCGGCCGCGGCUGCCCUGCGGCUCCUGCCUGCGUCUCCCUGCCGAAAACAAACAGGCGCUUCCUCCGCCCCGGACCCGAGUCUCCCCCCGCCCCCCCCGCUGCCCUCCUGCGGCUCUCCACGUCCACUCGUGUGCGUCCUUUCGCGGAGAGACGCGCCCGCCCUGACCGAGACGCUUUUGCGACCGAGUUUUUGUAUUUGUUUUUUUUUUCUUACAUUAACGCUAUGUACGGAUAAGCUGUACAGUUUUCCGAAACGACAACAACAACAACAAAAACACACACAAGAGUGAAGAUUGUCUGCAUCUUGAUGGAGUGAGUGCGCCCCGUCCACUGCAACUGGUGUCGGCAGGCGAGAUGGACAAGUAUGAAAGUCUGGGGCUCGUCGGGGAAGGCAGCUACGGUAUGGUGAUGAAAUGCAGGAACCGAGAGACCGGGCGGAUAGUUGCGGUGAAGAAGUUUCUGGAGAGCGACGAUGACAAAACGGUGAAGAAAAUUGCCAUGAGGGAGAUAAAAAUGUUGAAGCAACUGAGGCAUGAGAACCUGGUCAAUCUUCUUGAGGUGUGCAAGAAGAAGAGAAGAUGGUAUCUCGUGUUUGAGUUUGUGGACCGCACUGUAUUAGAUGAUUUAGAGCAGCAUCCUAACGGAUUGGACCACAGCAGAGUCAGAAAAUACCUCUUCCAGAUCCUGAAGGCCAUCGCAUUCUGCCACCACCAUAAUAUAAUCCAUCGGGAUAUAAAACCUGAGAACAUUUUGGUAUCUCAGUAUGGAGUUGUCAAGCUGUGUGAUUUUGGAUUUGCGAGGACGAUGGCAGCACCUGGUGAGGUCUACACAGACUAUGUGGCUACACGUUGGUACAGGGCCCCUGAACUGCUUGUGGGAGACACUAAGUAUGGCAAAGCUGUGGAUGUGUGGGCAAUUGGUUGCCUGUUUGUAGAGAUGCUUACAGGGGAUCCUCUUUUCCCAGGAGAUUCUGAUAUUGAUCAGCUGUAUCAUAUUAUGAGGUGCUUUGGUAAUUUAACACCAAGACAUCAAGAACUGUUUUACAAAAAUCCCAUUUUUGCUGGUGUGAGACUGCCUGAAAUUAAAGAGAAGGAGCCUGUUGAGAGACGAUACCCAAAGCUUUCACCAACAGUCUUAGACCUAAUAAAGAAGUGCUUGCAGAUUGACCCAGAUAAGAGGCUUCCCUGCAGUGACCUGCUUCAGCACGAGUACUUCACUAAAGAUGGAUUUACUGAAAGAUUUACACAGGAGCUGAAUUUGAAGAUUGAGAAGCACCUAAAAGAAAACACUUCUUUGCCAAAAAUGUCCAAAAUGACAAAAAAGGAAAAAGAAGAUUCUCCAGUGGAAGAAAAGACACUAACACAAUGGAACUCUAAUACCAGCAUAAAAGUCAAAGAAAGUAAACCUGACUUUAAAACUCCUAGGGGAACAGACUCCAGAUCAGACACCGACAAAUCUGAGAGACUUUGUACCAAAAAUGGGAAUGAGGCAUUGGAGAAGGCUUCUGAGAGCCUGAUGAUCCACAGCAAAACUUUGCCUCCAUCUAUGAAAGAUUUAAACAGUAACCAAGAUCAUUCUAAAACUGGAGCAGCACCUGUGAUACCUCCCAUUGCACAGAACCCCUCCUCCAUCAUUACCAACAGCAUCAACCUGAGCACAGUGGCUGGGCCUGUAGCAGGGCCGCCCAGCUUCAGGUCAAAUGACAAGGUGAAGAAACAUAUAAACGUCUUCAAUAAAAAAUGCCAACAAUCGUUGUCCAACCACUGCACUGGAAACCUGGCUGCACGGGUUACCUCUGAAAGGAGCAUCAUUCACGAGCGCUCGGUUCAACCUGAUCGCACAGGAAAUGGGACCAAGAAAAAAGGAGAUUUCUGCAAAGCUGACGUUCACCUCCCAGAGCUCAGGAAUAGCCAUUUUCCAGACCUAAAAGGAGGUGAAGGCAAACAUUCUAAACACUUGAAGAAGGAGCACAAGAAAGUCCCAGAGUGCCGCAUUCCUUCUAUAGCUGCCAUGGACCUCCAUUCUAAUGGGGCUUUGCAACAGAUUUCUGGAAGUUCAAUCCGUGAAGCCACAGAGGCCAAUUUCCCUCAUGUUGAGUUUUAAUAUCGGAGGGGAGUGUCGAUUUCAUGUGAUCAACGGGUAGCACAUACACCUGCAGUGUAUGUCCCUAUGCUGUAUUUAUUUUCAGGCAGCUUCAGUUUGACUUUUUAAAAAUUGUUCUGCUUCCCCAGUGUAUUGCUUUCCAUUCAAAGGCUAGUUCUGCUGCAAUAUUUUGUUUGCGUGGAAAGGAUUAUUCAGAGCAUAAAAAAUAGAGAACCAUACAAAUUAAAUCUUACCAUAUAUAAUGAGUUAAAAAUGUGAAUGUACCCAGACCUGUAGAUAGUCAGUUUGAAUUCACCACUUGUGCAGUUUAUUUUAGUUCCAUGUAUGCUAUUGUCUCAGCAGUGAUCACUGGGGAAGAGUUGUAUAAAAAUGCAAUAUGUCCAUUCUACUUUGCUCUUUAUACAAAUAAAUGUAAAAAUACAAAUUUGGUUGUG